GGUGAAUGGUCGCGUCCUCUAUGGUGUCAUGCCCUUUCGACUGCGAGAGCCAGCCCAAAACAGUCUUCGUGGGGCGAGAUGCAGUGCUAACAGGGCGAUUGGCGUUCGGCGUUCACCAGUCCGGCCAGCCUGGCGGAACCCCGAGAACUCCGAAGACAAGCGGAAGCGGGGUGUGGAGUCGAUCAUAUCGGGGCGCCCCAUAGCAGCCGAGAGAUUGUAUACAGAGGUGGAACCAGGGUAACAAUCAGACCCAUGGCCUGUUUGGCGUGCAUCGUGCAGGCAACAUCCCUCGUCAUCGAUACCCCUCUUAGCAAAGAUAAAUGCAGGAAGAUUGCAGCGUGCAGAUAACAACGAGACUGGAGUGACCGCCGCUUUGCAACGGAGCAGAUAAGCUGAUAACGUGCGGGGGAAGUCACAUGGCCGACCCCCCCCUGCAGUGUCACCCUUUCAACUUCACCCAGCUUUCUUGAGCCCAACAAGAUCUUCAUUUUCUCUUUUCUUCCAUCAUGCUCGAGACUGAAUCCAUUGCAAAAAUGCCGGAACCAACCCCGCCAUCCCCUACGUCGCCAAAGUCGCAUUAUAGCAAGCAUAUCAUCUUGACAACAUACCCAGGUCAAAGCGGCAUUGACCCGGUGCCAUUGGAAUGGGGUGCCGCGGAUGCCAAAUCUCGUGGUCCUGUUGUGGUAUCUCGCAGCGGUAACCUCGUGAAGCGUCGCAAUGCCAUCGGGGCCCAUGGUGGAAGCUACAGUAUCUACAAUGCCCUGGCCGUUGCUUCCGGUGACCUGGAUGCCAAUUUCCGUCCGGACCUUCGCAACAGUCAACCAACCUUUGACUUCCCCUGGCAAAAGGCGUGGGCAGAUAAGACCAAGAUCGUGUCAAUGGACCCGUACGGUCACGAUAUUGUCAAUCAAUAUGAGGAGGAGUUGAAGGCGGGCUGGGACAUUCGACCCACCAUGGCAGUGACACGAGCUAACAUGAAACUGGCUGAGAUUGCAGAGGCGGUACGAGAUGGUCUGCUUGAGGUGGACGGGUCUAUCGUUGUCGACUCAUCUGGCGAGGUGCGAGUGACAAAGGUCGCAGUGGAGCCGGUGUGGUAUUUGCCCGGUGUGGCUGAUAGAUUCGGCGUUGAUGAAGGCACUCUCCGUCGUACCUUGUUCGAACAUACGGGUGGCAGUUAUCCCGAGCUUAUUACUCGCCCUGACUUGAAGGUUUUCCUUCCGCCAAUUGGCGGUCUUACCGUCUAUAUCUUCGGACCACCGGAGCGAGUGGCCGAUGAGAAUGUCAAGCUUGCUCUUCGCAUUCACGACGAGUGUAACGGUAGUGAUGUGUUCCAGUCGGAUAUCUGCACGUGUCGGCCAUACUUGGCCUUUGGUAUCCGCGAAGCAAUUCGGGAAGCACAGAACGGUGGCAGUGGCGUUGUUAUCUACUUCCGUAAGGAAGGCCGUGCCCUGGGUGAGGUGAUCAAAUACCUCGUAUAUAACGCCCGGAAACGAGGUGGAGAUACUGCCGAUAAGUACUUUACGAGAACUGAGAACAUUGCCGGAGUGCGGGAUAUGCGAUUCCAAGCCUUGAUGCCUGAUAUCCUUCAUUGGCUCGGUGUCAAGAAGAUCGACCGCAUGCUGUCCAUGUCUAACAUGAAACAUGACGCCAUUGUGGAUUCCGGUAUCAAGAUCCUUGAGCGUAUUCCCAUUCCUGAUGAAAUGAUCCCCAGUGACUCUCGUGUCGAAAUCGAUGCCAAGAUCAAUGCCGGAUACUUUACCACUGGCAAGCAGCCCUCAAUGGACGAACUAGCCGAAGUUCGUGGCCGUGGCUGGGAGAAGUGGGAGGAUAUCGAGCACUAAGUACGAUCAUUUCUGCUAUACAAAUUGCGGUUCAAGGUAGAAUCCCGGGUGGUUAACUAUUGUCCGCCUGGCAGCCUCUCUCAACACAGACACCAAUGUUCUCUUCAGCAGACGGGCCGCUACUUAGUGCCAUUCAGUAAAUUAGUAGCUGUAGAUGCGUUGACAACGGUCGUGAAAUCAGAAUUUAAUAUUACUUCGUGUUUCCACCUUCAGGG